AUGGAUUCAAAUCGAGCAAAUGCCGCUCAGCUGGCAGCGCGGAGUAUCAAAGCAAAACCCAGAGGCAGAUUGAACAACCAGAAAGGUGGCUUCGUGCCUGUGCAAAGCAAUAACGACAAUAAUAAUAAUGCUGCUGCGGCUGGAAGUGGCGGUGGUGGUGGUGGUCUUUUUGGUGGAAGUAUAUCCGCUCCUGGUUCAUUCAACUUCGCCGCGCCGGCUGGAACGCCAUCUUUUAGUACUUCAUUUGGAGACUCAACACCCAAUCCAUUCGCACAACCGGCGGCUGCAUCCACCCCCGAAGACCCUCGUGCAGAUACGACAGGUGAAGAGGCAUUGAGACGGGGAAAGGGGUUCAGAGCGGCUGGUGUAGAUGAGGAAGCUUUGUUUGCUGCCCAUUCCCCAUUCCAUCAUAACCAACCGUCAAAUACUUUCGGUUCCUCCAAUAAUACACAACCACAAACUCUGUUCGGUGCAGCAAAUGCGACACAGUCAAAUGGAGGUGGAUUACAAUUUGAUUCAUCGACAUCGCAGAAUCAGACAGGAAACUCCAGUUUCGGUGGCUUCAAUUUUACACCUACAUUGCAAGCGACAAACAACAAUAGUAAUUCUACAUUCGCUUUCGGUUCCUCAUCACAAGCUCCAGCGAACAAUAAUAGUACUUCAGCUUUCACCUUUGGCGGAACAAAUUCUAGUCAGGCAGAAAAUUCACUGAAUUUUGGCGCAAAUGCACCAUCACAAGCGCAAAAUCUUCUCACCAUUGAAAAUCAAAAAGCAAGUUAUUUUAAUUCCGACCCUUCUUAUGCUCUUGAUAAUUACAAUUUCUCUUUCCCGACAACUCUUUCUACUAAUCAAUUUGAUAAUUCAACCUUUGGCCAACAUCACUACUAUCCAAACGACGAAACCGAAACAAUGCUGGGCAAUUAUAAGGUUGAAUAUCCGGCUAAUGCUGGGCAAGCGCCAGCACAAACUCCUCAACUUCAAAAUCCAAUGAGGUUUAGCGACAAUGAAUACCGUGGAACUCUAUCAGCUGGAUUUCCAACAGGCUCCUCAUUUGCUGGCAAUUCGCCAUUGGCGAGCAUUCGUGCUAACAUAAUAACGCAGGAAAACAAUUCGGGUACCUCUUUCGGACAGAGCAACACCAACAAUUCUUUUGGUGCGCAGAAUAACUCUUAUGGUGGUUCCUUUGGUGGCUCCUUUGAAAACCAAGCCAAUAUGAGCUUUUCUGGUCUCAAUUCUACAAACCUUGGACCUUCAAACUCUCAGAGCAUGUUCGGCGGCAUCACUGCAGAUACAUCUGGUCCAAGCACCGCAAAUCUGUUUGGAAAUGCUGCUUCUUCAUUCCCUACAACAUCUGCCUCAAAUAAUUUGAAUGGUUAUGGCAACGUCAAUUCAUCAUUUCCUCCUGCAGCUGCUUCAAACACUCCACUUUUUGGUGCUGUCAAGCCUGCCGACACGACUGCGCCUGCCUCAAACACUCCUCUAUUUGGUGCUAUCAGGCCUGCCGACUCGACUACGCCUGCCUCAAGCACUCCACUAUUUGGUGCUGUUAAGCCUGCCUCAAGCACUCCACUCUUUGGUGGUUUCAAGCCUGCCGACCCGACCCCAUCUGCUUCAAGCACCCAAGUCUUUGGUGGUGUUAAGCUUGCUGACUCAAGUUCGGCUGUUUCGGGCAAUCCACUUUUUGGUGGUUUCAAGCAUACCGACUCAAAUCCAUCUUCUUCAGGCACUUCAAGUGUCUUCGCCAAACCCUUGGCAGCCCCUGCAUCAGCAGUAACUUUUACCAACCUCGGCAAUUCGGCAGGAUCAACCUCAAAUCUCUUCAACCCCAAUAAUCAGAACCAUGGCCAAAGCAAUAACAUCUUUGGACCAAGACCUGUGGAAGAGCCGAAGGAUAAGCAGACUCUGGAUUUGUUCAGCCCGAAUAGACCUGUCGGUCAACCAAUCUCCGAGUCAAAUGCAACGGAGAAUACGACGGAAAAGACUCCAGCCAAGACUCCAAAUGCUCUUUUCGACAGCUUUGGCAAGGCAAAUUCUCCAGGGCAAUUUCAGCUCCACGGUGCAGCGAAAGAGCCAUCUGUGAGUUGCAUUCCCGAUUCCAUAAUUAGCGACAGGAACCAUGCUAACCUUCAAAAGCUCGCUGCUCCAUCUGACAAACAAGCUGGGUCUUCAUUUAAGAUUCGCGGCAACGCCGAGGCGUCCGGCUUUGAUCGGGUUCCUUCUUCCAAAUCAGCCGAUAUCCCUGCAGACGCAGCACAAUCGCUUUCAAGCAACACGCUUGGCAGCUUCUCUUCUCAAACGCAAGACACCCAAGCAUUGAGCGGACCACUAAGUAAUGGCUCUAGUUCCGACUCAAUGGCUCUCAGUGCUCCUACAAAUUCAUCCUCCCAGUCAUUAGCUCCUGUCGAUCAACCACUGGCCCCUGGUAGAUUGUCCGAUUUCGAGUUCCAAGUUUCUGAGCCUACAGUCAUGGAGAUAGAUGCAAACAUGCCUCGUCACUUCGAUACAAUUAAAAGAAAUCAAUUUCAUGCACUGUGGCGCAUCACAUCCUUGCAAAAAUCCAUGGCAGCAUAUUUCCAUCAUCUACCACCUGGUGCAGACCCAUCCAAAGGAUUGGCAUGGAUGCAAAUUAAAAAGAAAGAGAUUCUCGCAGGGCACAAGAUUGAUUAUAUUUCCAAUAAGCGAGGAAGGGCAGAGAUUGACCUUGAUUACGAUGAGGACCAAGAAAAUAUGAGUCCUCAGAAGCGAACCAAACCAGUCAAAGAACGCCCACGUCGUGUUCCAAGUCCAGAGAAGCGAUCACGAAAUACGCAGAGUCCAGAAAAACGCUCACGUGCGAUAAAUGAACCUGAGUCUCAGCUCAAUGGCAAUUCGGUUGUAAAAGCACCAAAACUUCAGCCUGGUCGUUCAUCCAGCCCAAGUAAAUCAUCUUCCAGAAGCGCAGCUCCAGAAGCAACCUCAAGUAAAAAGAGAAAGAAUGAGCUUCAGUUGGAAUCAGGCGACGGAAAAAGCGGCGGAAACAAGAAGAGAAAGAAUGAGACUCAAAUUGAAUCAGGCGAUGGAGAGAGUGACAGAAAUAAGAAGAGAAAGCCGGAGCAGUCAAGUCACAACGAAGAAGCCGAAAGUGGUGGCAGCAAGAAGAGAAAGCCUGAGCUUUAUUUGACCCAAAACGAUCCUGAAGGAGUUGAAGAUGGCAAGAACAGCAACAAGAGAACAGUCAAUGGUUCUAGUUCAAGCACUUCUAACAUGUUCAAGAAUAUUUUGGACAGCCCAGAAAACUCAUCAAGAUCGGCCAGUCCAGAGAGAAAGACUCGGGCAUUGCCUGGAUCUGUUAAAGAAGCUGUUUCGGUUCCAGCAAAGGCACCUCUCGCCAAUCCAUUUGGAACAUUGCCAGGUGCUUCCCCCAUCAAAUCUAAUACCGCCACGACCUCUACCACACCUACCAAGCCUCCGGUCUUCAAAUUUACACCUACCUCCACAACACCUACUAUAUCCCCGACCAAACCAUCUACCUUUACCGGUGCUCCUAGUGGCGGUAUCAAGCCACCAAACUUCACCGGCGCUCCUACUGGCGGCGUGAUUAAGCCACCUACCUUCGCCGGUGCUCCUACAGGUGGUGUUAAACCACCAACUUUCGGGAGCGGACCUGUCAAUUUCAUGGCCCAAUUUGGUCAACAGGCUGCUAAAAGUGCAGAAGAUAACGAGAAGGAGUUGAUGCAGAAGGCCAAGGAUGAGGAUUUCGACUCUGAGGAUGACGACGAAGCUGAGUGGGAAGCUAACUACAGAAAGAAGAGAGCUGCAGAUCUUAAAAAACUGGCUGAGCUUGCAAAGGGCAAGGCUCCUACCUUCCUCGUCAAAUCUACUGAAUCUGCAAAGACCACCGAAUCAAAAGAAACUGCAAAGCCAGCAGCUACAAACAUCUUUGCACCAGUUGCCACAACUACUGCUACGCCAUUAUUCGGACAAGCUAAGCCUGCUACCGGAGCCGCCGAGAGUAUUUUUAGUUCAGGAAACGCCUCGAGAACAUCCACUCCGAACUUGUUCUCUGGUACUGGAUCUGUCCUCGAUGGUGCUGCAACUGCUUCAGGAAAGAUACCUUCAUUUGCUGGCAACCCUUUUGCACACCUUUCCGAUGCAGACUCGAAUACCCAAAAUGAUGGGGAUGAUGAAAGUUCUGAUGACGGGUCUGAUGGUGAGGAUGAAGAGCAGGAUCCAAGCUACAAAUCAAACGCAAUCAAUGGUACUCCAAGUACAUCUAGUACUCCCGUCGAUGAGACCAGUCCUGGCAUUACCUCUAUCAAACAAAUCGUUGCUGAGCCACCAAAGCUUAAUUUGUUUGGCUCAGCAGCUAGCUCUAGCACAACUACACCCACUCCUAGUACCGGUGGAAGUCUUCUCAGUCGUAUGACUAGAGAUCCUGUUCCAGAAGAGAAAGAGAACUCGGUACCGAAAUCGACCAUGAAUUUGUUCGGUAGCUCUUUCGGCGCAACUCCUGGUACUUUAACAGAUAAAACCUGGAAGCCAGAUACGCCAAUCAAGUUUGGCAGUGCUGCACCUUCUGCCCCAACAUUCAACAUCACCGGUUCAACUCCAACAAAGCCAGUAGCUAACCCAUUUGGUGGAUUGUUUGGCAAUUCUGCAACUACAACUCCUGCUCUCUCUGCAGGACCUACCACUACUACAGGAUUUCAAUUUGGUGGCCCGGCAUCCACUACAUCUUCUCUAUUCCCCUCUGUAGCAGCUUCCGCAGGCACAUCUCGAGCUACUUCACCAGGUGUAACCACCGAUGGUGCCACUGAUGCCGAUGAUGAUAAUCCGGAGAAAGUUCAUGCCCAAGUGAACCUUUUGGAAUCUAAUCCAGGUGAAGAGAAUGAGGACGUCGUUCACUCUAUUCGGGCUAGAGCCUUGAAGUUCUGUCCAAACCAAGAAGGCGAUGGCAAAACCAGUCCAUGGGACACCAAAGGCGUUGGUCCAUUGAAAGUUCUUCGCCACAAAGAGACGAAGGCUACCCGAAUUGUUCUGCGAAGUGAUCCCUCUGGAUCUAUCAUCCUCAACAAGUCACUUCUUUCGCAAGUCAAAUAUGAGGCUAGCGGAAAAACUAUCAAGCUUAUGACGGUCGGUGAUGAUGGGAUCGACUUGCAGACCUGGGUUCUUCAACUUAAGGGAAUUGAAUUGGCGGAAGAAUUGGCCAAGUGUUUGGAGGAUAACAAGGUCAACAACAACUGA